UUACGCCGCGACAGGGCGGACACGGGCAAGUCGCCCGAUAGAGUUGCGAGUUGAGCUUAUGAUCAAGCAUGUCUGAUCUUGAAGGUCCGGGGAUGGGUGGAACCAGGGGUCGCCGCCAAUGAGACGGCGCCAUCCGCCCACGGGCGAGCUGAUGGAGGCAGAAACGAGAGACGGACGAGGGUCCGAAGAGGGUCGAAGCGAGGGCCGCAGCGGGGGGCGCCAGUCUAGCAUCGCGGCGUCCGUCCGCCUCCGAUCUUAUCGAAGCCAGGCAGGACAUCGAGCAUCUGCGAGUUCUGGACUUCUGGCAGACGACUGGACGGGGAAUCAGGGAAUCAGGAACCGGCAUGUUGGUGGGCCGCCCGUUGGGUCCUCCUGGGGUCUACCGCCGUCUGCAUGUGCCUGUCCAGCUCGAGUUGGUGUGGUUGCUUGCAUCUCGGUGACCGUCUUGGGACAAGGACCCCAUCACGGCCGACUUACACGGAGUGCCAAGGACCGGCCGUGGCGCGGAGCUUGCAAGCUGCACUACAAACGUCCUUUGGCCAUGUGCGUGCGAGCCAGGCGUGAGAGUACCGAGUACCGCGGGUGUCCGCAUGGGUCACCGAUGUACGCAGGCUCACUGCAGGUCCUGCAGGCUUCGACGGGUCUUGUCUCGACAAGCAUCGACGCAUCCUUGAACGGCCUGGCACGCCCUUGGCGAAUCCCUCUUGGAGCGGGGAGCCCGGCAGACUGCACACACGUGCCGGCCUCCCUCGCCAUGACGCGCCCAGGCCCUGCUGCCAUGAUAGCUCCAUCCCGUUCACCUUCCCAGCAGGACGGAACUGACCGUGUCGAUCCAGCCCUCCUCAGCCCUCCUCAGCCCAUGAAUCAUGCCCGUCUCUCGAUGCCAAUUGGCCAACACCAGCGUGAUAUUGCAGGACGGGGACAUGGUCCUCGACACCGUUCCGCUAGCCCACUGCGGAAGGCGGAUGACGGACGACCUGCGCCUGGGAUAUCCAUGGACACCAGAGAUGGAUCAUGGCAACCUGCCGUACGAAGCUGCAGCUCUCCACGUGGGAUCGUCGCUGGAAGCACCUCUGCAGCUCUCUGCAGCUCUCCGCAGCUGCCGCAAGCUCUGGACGAUUUAUUAUAAAUGAGUUCAAUGCUGCACAAACCUUCUCCCAGAGCUUCCCCUUCAGCCCGCAGCUGUUGUCUCACCCUCCCCAACACCAUCACCAAAGGCACCGCCCGC